AUGCGAGUCUUGCCGCAAGGGCUGGGAAGAUCCCAGCCGUCAUUUAUUCUUUUGAUCCUUCUGGUCAUUGCUAUCGCUGCUCAAGUGUCUGCUAUACCUGCAGAUGAUACAUCAACCGAUACCGAUGCCGCUAAGACCACCGAUGACCCUCAAAGCACCUCUAGCGUGAGCGAGACCACUGCAACAACCACCACCUCUGCAUCCACUUCCAAAUCAACGUCGAGCACUACCACCAGCACCUCCUCAACGUCUACAAGCACAACUAUGGAUACAACCACCACCACCACUACCUCAUCAUCGUCAUCCUCCUCGACCUCCACAACGUCUGAUAGCAGUACAACCACAUCAUCGGUCUCCACGACAACGACUUCAUCUACAUCCUCAUCCUCCACAACCGCCGCUGCCAUUGUAACAAUACCCCCAACUGCCAAUGCCCCAUACAUGCAAGAAAGCAAUGCUCCAGAAGGAACAGUCUUCAUCGCCGUCGGCGCCGCCUUAGGCCUAAUCGGUCUGACCCUACUCGCCUGGCGGGCAAUGGUCGCAUGGUCUGUCAACCGCUCCGUCCGCCGCGCAGCCAUGCUGCACGCCUCAGAGAACAAACGUCUCCUCCGCGGCAGCAGAAAGAAGCGCUCAACCCCAUACUCCGCAGCGCCAGCCGCAGACGUUUCUCUCGACAAACUCGGCGCUGCCACCCGCGCAAGCUACAAGCCCCGCGUCUCAAGCGCGAACAGUGGUCUUUUCUUCUCGCCCACUGCCGGUGGCCCGACUGGCUCGCACGCCAGUCUGAACGCUACUAGCAGUACAGGCAACCGUGGUUCGACUUACUUGCCUGCUGGCUACUAUGCUGCUGCCGGUAGUUCCAACCCUGCUCCAGGCGAACUCCCGUACUCGCCUACCGCUGGCCUCUCGUCACCUUCGCUGCCCCCUACCGGUGUUUACCAUGAUCCGCAUCAACGUCAGUCGUACGUGGGCGCUUCGACUAGCUCGCUGAAUCUGAACCAGGCUCCUCAGGGCCGUGCGCCAAGCGCAUACCUAGAGGACUUGUUUGAGAAUCAUGCGCCGCCUCGUAACUCGGACUCGGGGCGGAGGGAGCGCGGCUAA